CGCUGCGUAGUCACGCUCGGCCGGAGUUGGCGGGUACGAAGGAGGCACUGGAUGGCUUUUGUCUGUAGCUUUACGCUUAAAUGAGAAGAGAGUAUUUUUAAAAUAGAUUUUACAAGCUGAUAUUUAUAUAAGAUAAGCACUAAAAUUGUUUAGAUAAACCAUUGGUAUCCAUUUAAUAACAUUUACUACAUUUCCGACCAUUCAUUCAUUCGAGUCAAUUCUCUGUAAAGCUCUGUUGACAAGGAACCCACUGGUUCCACUGCCUUCUCCCAGUCUGAAAAUGAGUGAGCCUACUGCUACCGCUACAGAAGCCCCUAGCGAUGUGAUCCCCAGUGUUACUACUGGUGUAACCACUGAAGGUGUAGAUCAACUUUCUACUAAUGCAAACGAGCCGCCCAAGGAAGAGGUCAAGUUGGUGGCAACAGCAGGCAAGAAGCAGACCAAGAAGAAGGUGGAAGAGGUGGUAGAGGAAGAGGAGGAGGAAUAUGUGGUGGAGAAGGUGCUGGACCGACGGGUGGUAAAGGGACGCGUUGAGUUUCUGCUCAAAUGGAAAGGCUUCUCAGAUGAGGACAAUACAUGGGAACCGCAGGACAACCUGGAUUGCCCUGACCUGAUUGCUGAGUACAUGCAGAAUCAUCAUAACAAAAAAGAAAGUUACAAGAAAGAGUCUGGUGGCAAGAGGAAAGCUGGUGAGUCUGAUACAGAGGCAGGGGGUGAAGAAGGCAGGCCCAAGAAGAGGAAAGAUGAGGCAGAGAAGCCCAGAGGCUUUGCUCGUGGACUUGACCCCGAACGGAUCAUUGGAGCCACAGACUCCAGUGGAGAGCUGAUGUUCCUCAUGAAAUGGAAGAACAGUGAUGAGGCGGACCUGGUGCCGGCCAAGGAGGCAAACAUUAAAUGUCCACAGGUGGUCAUAUCCUUCUACGAGGAGCGUCUGACAUGGCACUCCUACCCCACCGAGGAGGAAGAGAAGAAGGAUGAUAAGAACUAGCCACAGGUCCAGGAUGAAGGGGAAGGGGGUACAGAGGGUGGGGUUUAGAGUGGUGGGGAGGGACAGAGAAGCUGAUUUGUUUCAAAAGCUUCAUUCUGCAAACCCGGACUGUUGAAACUAAAACAGAGGUUGACAGAUGGGUAGGGAUGAUGGGAAGACUUGUCAAGGAGGUGGGUUGGGGGGCAUGGGUAAAUAGAACUCGUAAGUCUCAAGAUCACUUCAUCAGGCCUCACCAGCUAGGACCAUGGGAUAUGUAGUUUUCAGUCCCUGAGCACUGAAUUGCUUUAAAAUCACCAGCUCCUCUUACUGUAGCUUCGCCUCAGAAAAGCUUUUGUCGAGAUGAUACACUUUUGAGUGAGCGAGGUAUCACUACAGCAGCUGAGUUUACAAAAUAGAAGGGUCAGAUUCCAAAACAUGAUCCAGCAAACGUUCUCAGCUAAUUCAAUUGAAAUAGCCAAUCUUAAUUUCCAGUUUUCCUGCGUGAAAUGUCAAAGUUGAUUUCUAGUCAGAACAUUAUCUCGUACUGACACAUCCCUCAUCGAGCAACUUGCAGUACUUUUUGUUUCCCUUUCGACUUUUUCAGAAACUCUGUUUUAAGUGUUGGCACCUGCCCUCCCUUGCCAUAUCAUUAUCAUAUAAUGUGUAAAUAGUUGUGGUUUUAUUUGGUUAUGAGAGCGAUCUAAGAAGUGUUUUGGCUGUUCAGACUGGAGUUAACCUAGAUUCUGGUCUUUUAAGUGUUACGCGUAGGUGUAUAGAGUUGUGAACAAUGGUGUGGAGCAGGGUUUCCGUUAGGAAAAUGUGGUGCUGGACAUUUUCCCGGCAGCAUUUUAAUUUACCGGACAUUUGAGACAUUUUCUCGACCCAUAUACAUUGUGUGCGUAAUCUGAUUAGGGCGUACAGCCAUGGUGCUCCGUAUGACAGAAAUGACUUUUACAUUAUGGUAAUUCAUCUAAAAAUAACAUGCAAAUUGAGGAUGCAACGGUGAGCGUCCCUACCGUAUUCCAAUGCGCACUUUGAAGAUGUUAGAACAACUGUCCACAUGUACCUUUCCUCAGCCAACAAGAUGAGUAACGAACAGCAAAAUCACCUGCCUAUGUCAGUCUACUAUCCCCCAUAGUGGAACAAUAAACCUAUUUAUUGGUAUGCUUGUCGUUCUGUGCGAUAAAGAAAUGAUCUACUCCAAACGGACUCCCAAAUUCAUACAACCAGUAGGCCUAGGCUACAUAAAACAAAACAGAAACGUUAAAGCAAUGAGGCUGAUGCUACCGAUCAGAACGUUUAGCUUAAAAUGUUGAUAAACUAUUAUUUCUUCACCCUUCGUGAAUGUUUGUUCCGUAAUGCAAUUGUCAAGAAAACACUGUUGUGAAAUGCGCAAUGCACAUGCGAGCGGUUUCAUGAGAUGAAAAUAUCCAUUUGAUCUCCCCUCUUAAUCUAAAGAUGCAACAACUAGCAUGGGUUGCUAAUAUGACUAGGAUUGUGCCUUUGACAACCACUAGAACAUGAGAGAAAUAGGCUGCUGGUUUCAAUGGCAUAUGGAACUCUAAAACAAUUGCCUUUACGUUUCUACGGUCAGAUGUUGGCUAGGCUACUUUGAAGCGAGGGAAGACAUGCCUCCAUAAUAUGAAGUAAAACGUUCAGGUUUCAAACAAUGAAUGUUUUUUUUAAACGCAUACUGCCUCCAUUUCAUUGCUAAGUGGUGUGUGAUCCGCUGAAGCCUGCAUAUCGUUGCCUAGGCACUUAAAAUAAAGGCGCUUCGAUUGCCAGUUAAUAAAUAAAAUAGUAGCUAUUUUUAAUGAUGGCCUCAUCUUAUUUUAACACACGAUUGCAUUUAGUUGUGCAAUGAUUGGGCUUGUAAAAGCACGUUUGACUCCAGCAGCAAGGAACACGCUGUUUGAGAAGCUGUACCAGCAGCUCCUCCGUUCUGACAGAUUUUCCACUCAAAUUACGCUCUGCAUCUGUAUGCUGUGUGCAUGUGAUAAGAUGCAUAAAGACUAACGAAAAUACACAAACAGCAAAUUAACCUAUAUAACGAUAAUCUUGACCGGUCAGAUGUAUUGGCAUCGACUGGUAUUUCCAUCAAUGAAUAGGUGAAAAGGCAUUUUUUUUCCUAAGGGAUUUUUGCGAGAAAAUUGGCCGGCAGCAAUUUUAUUUAUCGGCUUUUCACCUCUUUUUUUUAAUCGGCCAAAAGCCAGCUAUUACUAGCCAACAGAAACCCUGGUAUGGAGCAACUCACUUUGUUGUAGAGCACCAGUAUGACCUAUGUAACCUGAGUUGUUUGUAAGCUCGUACCCAUGGCUAAUAAAACUUGAUUGGGGCGAUCCACUUUCCUGUCAGAUAACAUACCCUCAGAAAACCGGCAAUAAGUAAGAAGCUACAGACGAAGAUGCGAAAGAUGGGCUUUCACUCAGAUUCAUCUUUGGUGGAAAGCUUGAUUUACUAUAAUGUCCACAUAGUCUCCCGCUUUCUUGUCGAGCUCUUCCCAUGUGCAGUACAUGCUCACCAUUCACAGGCUUCCUUGAGGUGAUUGGGGCUUUUAGAAGGUUUGGUAUUGCCAUCAAACUGCACUGUAAAUAUUUGGAUUAAGGGGGUGGGAAGGGUUGGGCCCAGUCAAGGCCUAUGGUUGGCUGUGGUUGCGAAGAUUAGGGAUGGACAAAAAAAAGUGUUUUCUUGCAAUGCAACCAACAUAAGCCAGUAAUUCAAGUGUCAAAUCUCUCCCAAGAGGUAUACACAGAGGUAAAUGUAGUGUCUAUGCCAGGGCUCUCCAACCCUGUACCUGGAGAGCUACAGUCCUUUAUAUUUUUGCUCCAACUCUAAUCUAGUGCACCUGAUUCUAAUAAUUAGCUGGUUGAUAAGCUGAAUCAGGUAAAUUAAAAACGGGUUGAAGAGAACCUACUGGAGAGUAGCUCUCCAGGAACAGGGUUUGAAUGCCCUGGUCUAUACACAUGCUUCUGUUUUACUAAACCCCUGGUCCCUAGGUAUAGUCUAUAUUGUGACUCAAAGUAAAUACAACGGUUUUAUGGUGAUCUGUUUAUAGUGUAAAGUAAAUAUAUUCAAGGUGUUGACAGCCAUGUGAAUAUAGAUCAAUCUAGCAACUUAUCCAUCUCACACAACUGACAAAAAGAUUAUGGGCCUCCUGCCCAAGAAAUGGCAAGACCAGAUCACGACGACUUCUCCAACUAAGCUAAUUCUACUUUCAGACUUUACCUUUGAGCUCUGAUGUUAAUACUCGCCGAGUCUGGACCUGUUAUAUUAAAAUGAGCUGCCAAUUAAACAUCUGACACCCUCACAGAGGUGAGCGGGUUAUGUUAAACAUCUGACACCCUCACAGAGGUGGGUGGAUUAUAUUCAAGUUUGGUUUGUGGGGCUUUGCUACCGCUGGCUUAAUUGUAGAAUUGUUCACUGCUCUACUGCGUCUGAAUAUUCCUCUAUUUAAAAAAAAAAAAAAAAAAUCCUAAAUUAAGUAAUUGAUUUAAUCGAUUAAUCACAGCUAACAAUAGCUUGAAUGAAAGUGUUAAUCGAUUUAACUGAUUAAUCGUGACUAACAUUUUAAAUGUUGAGGUACUGAAGACAACCACCAGUACCAGGGGUUCUACAGCCCUGGUAUAGAGCCUGUUGCCUUGGAUUGAUUUUGCAUUGGCAUUUUACUGCUCAUUUUAACAUUACAAGUCUAAGAGGGCUGUAUAUCUUUUCUAAUAUACUAGACUGGAAGAUUUCUAUAUAUACAGUAUAUCCUAGACAAGAGGCUCAUAUGUAACCUUUUUAGUUAUUUUGUCUUUGACUCUUUCUCGUGUCUACUGAAGAUGCAUCUCGUUGCAUGUUUCUUGCUUUCAAUCAAUGUCACCAUUUGCAGUGGUUACUUUUACUUGUUUCAAUGUUUUUGGACAAUAAAUCUUUUUUGUUAACAA